AUGGGUUGCACGUUUGACAAGAUCGGAGUAGCGGCAGCGCUGUUGGCCACCUUUUCGACCGUUUCUGGUCAGAAUGGCUCGACAUCUACUGGCCCGGUCUGGAGCCACGAGGACUUUACCACCAGUCCUCCGGUCUACCCCUCGCCAAACAUCACCGGAUUAGUCUGGGAAGAUGCGUUCGAGCGUGCAAAAGCCUGGGUUGCGCAACUCACUCUGGACGAGAAAGCACAUCUAGUCACCGGAACCGAAGGUCCUUGUGUUGGAAACAUCGCCCCAAUUCCGAGACUUAACUUCACUGGACUCUGUCUGCAAGAUGGUCCUCUAGCGAUUAGACAAGCUAGUUACGCAUCUGUCUUCCCAGCUGGGCUUACAGUCGCUGCAGCAUGGGACAGGAAGCUGGCGUAUACAAGAGGCCUGCAAAUUGGUGAGGAAUACAAGGGCAAGGGCUCUCAUGUGGUAUUGGGCCCUGUCGCUGGCCCUCUCGGACGCAGUGGGUAUGCUGGCCGCAAUUGGGAGGGCUUUUCGCCAGAUCCAUAUCUCACCGGUGUGUUUAUGGAGGAGACUAUCUGGGGUCACCAAGAUGCUGGAGUUCAAGCGUGUUCUAAGCAGCAAGAGACCCAGCGAAACCCAACCACCAGCCCUAACAACCAGACAAUCGAAGCCAUCUCGGCCAAUAUCGACGAUCGAACUCUGCACGAGCUUUACCUAUGGCCGUUCGCCAAUGCUGUCCACAGUGGCACUGCUUCCAUCAUGUGCUCAUACAACCGCCUCAAUGCAUCGUACGGUUGCCAGAAUAGCAAGCUUCUCAACGGCGUACUGAAAGAAGAGCUUGGAUUUCAAGGGUGGGUCGUGUCGGACUGGAUGGCCACUCAUGCGGGCUACCACGCUGCCGAAGCAGGAUUGGACAUGAACAUGCCUGGUGGGAUCCAGUUCUCUCAAUCAGUUCCGUCCCUGUGGGGAGCGAACCUCACGAUCAGCGUCAACAACGGAAGCUUGGCUGAGAGUCGUUUGGACGACGCAGUACUGCGCAUAAUCACGCCCUACUUCUGGCUCGGCCAGGACAAAGAUUUCCCAGCGAUCGAUGGUGACACUCCAGGAACGCAGCGAACUUGGAACACGAACACUUACCGUUACAACUUCACAUACGGACCAUCUUCUGUCGAUGUCAGGGACAACCACCACGAACUGAUUCGCGAGAUCGGUGCCGCCGGAACAGUGCUCUUAAAGAACACCAACAAUACCUUGCCUCUCAAGUCGCCAAGGAACAUCGGAGUCUUUGGCAACGAUGCCGCUGAUCUGAUCGACGGAUUAUAUUUUGCGACGCUGACCAAGGAGUUGGGCUUCGAGCAGGGUAUCCUACCGGUCGCUGGAGGCUCCGGAACUGGACGUCUCACUUACGUCGUGACGCCUCUCGAGGCGAUCAAGGCAAAGGUUGGCAAUGAUGCUCUUGUGCAAUAUGUCACCAACAACACUUACAUCACCGAGGAUCAAGGAUGGUCUAUCAUUUACCCAACGCCGCCAGAUGUCUGCAUUGUUUUCCUAAACACGUGGGCAUCAGAGGCGUACGAUCGCACAACUUUGCUUGUUGACUGGAACGGAACUGCCGUCGUUGAGAAGGUUGCCGCCAACUGCCCCAACACCGUCGUCGUCACACACUCAUCCGGCCUCAACGUCCUUCCCUUCGCCGACCACCCCAAUGUCACCGCCAUCCUGGCUGCUCACUUGUCUGGUCAAGAGGUUGGAAACAGCAUUGUCGACAUCCUCUGGGGAGACGUCAACCCAAGCGGCAAACUUCCAUACACCAUUACUCACGAGGAACAUGAUUAUGCCUUCGCAGACAUCGUCAACUCAACUGAGCUCCUGGAGACCGAAGACCCCAACGCAUGGCAACAGGACUUCACUGAGCGCCUGCUGAUCGACUACCGUCACUUCGACCACUUCAACCUCUCCGUCCAGUACGAGUUCGGCUUUGGUCUCUCCUACACCACCUUCUCCCUCGGCGAAGUCAUCGUGGAGACCCUAGCAGAAAACAUCGCAGCCGAGCCCGAAGAUCUGGACAUCCUCCCCGGCGGCAACCCAGCCCUCUGGGACAAGCUCUACAAGAUCACCACCUCAGUCACCAACACCGGCUCGGUAGCCGGCGCCACCGUACCCCAGCUCUACCUCGGCCUCCCCCAAAUCCCCAACGAAGCCACCACACCCGUCAAAGCCCUCCGCGGGUUCGACAAGGUCUUCCUUGAACUGGGCGAGACCAAAGAAGUGACUUUCGAGCUCGCCCGUCGCGAUAUCUCGUACUGGAAUACCUUCACCCAGCAAUGGACCAUCGCCCCUGGCGCUGUCACCGCGCACGUCGGUUUCUCCAGCAGGGAUAUCCAGGCCACGACGACGUUCACGCCUAUUGCUGCUGCUGCGGGCUACAGGCCUCGCAGAGUUUGA